UAGGUGUGCGCGCGAGCUACGGGCGAUCAUUUUUCACGGUCCAGUUGUUGCCACCAUAUCUCUGGACAAGGAUCGUGUGUCGCGUAGCCAUGCCUCGUAACCAAAUGUGAUUACUGUCGAACUGGGAAACGUUUUCCUUUAACAAUGAAAGCUCAACGUCUCAAGAAAACAACGACGAUCGACGUAGCUUCUUAAAGCGAAUUCGCCCCCCUAAGCUCAUUCAAAGGAUUACAUUUUUUUUUUCCAAACCGAGCCUAAAGACAAAACAUUCUGAGAUGACCCAAAGAUGAGAAAAGUAUUUUGAGAGGAGUUGACAUUUGACGGGCCCAGGUGUGUGUAAAGUAGGACCUGGCCCAGGUGUGUGUAAAGUAGGACCUGGCCCAGGUGUGUGUAAAGUAGGACCUGGCCCAGGUGUGUGUAAAGUAGGACCUGGCCCAGGUGUGUGUAAAGUAGGACCUGGCCCAGGUGUGCGUAAAGUAGGACCUGGUCUUACCUUCUUAGUCUUAGCACGAUGGACGGACUAGAGGAAAAGAUUGUGACGGACGUGUACGGGCUAAAUUCUGAUUCGGAAUCGGACAGCAGUGAUAAUCCAUACAAUGUGGAUACGGCUGUGGAUGGGUAGGUUGUGGAUAUGUUGAUGGAUGGAUUGUGAAUGCAUUAGGGGGGGGGUAGGUUGUGGACUAAUAUAAAUUAGUGAAUAGGACAAGUCGGUUGAAAGUAUGGAUGGGUCAGGUAUAAUAGUUUUAUGGCGCUAAGAUAGGUAGGUUCAAGGAGUUGGUAUGUAUCGGUGCGUGGCAAGUUAGCUAUGCACAAGGGAUUGGGAUAGUGUCUGCGUGGGGUCAGAAGAGAUAUGUUAUGUUUAUGGGAUAGUUAGCUGUAAUAUAUAUAUCAUUGAACAGAUAACUAAUUGGGAUAGAUUCAGGGAAUAUAUAUGACUAUUGGAUAGUUUCAUUGAAUAGAUAUGUCUAUGGAAUAGUUUCAAUUUAAAUAUAUGUUAUAUUGGAUAUAAUAACGAAAUAUAUACAAUAUAUGUGUAUGGGAUAGACGAACGUAAUAUAUGCCAUAUAUGACAAAUGUGUGCUGGAUUGUCUGUUUUAAGCAACUUACACGAUGGUGGAAAGGGAAAGAAGAAAGGAGAAACAAAACAUUCACAAAAGCAAUGGCUGACAGUGUUGUUGUUUUAACCAGGGGGUUUUCGUGUCCCUAUAGCUUUUGUUGGGGUGUGUGUGUGUCAACCGAUUGUCCGCCUGCUCUCUAGGCAUUAAGAGCACAGAGGGCACCAAAUAAUAUAGAUUGUGGGGUCAGAGGUCAUAUCUCUAAAUGACCAAUGACGCCUAAAGCACCGAAGCGAAACGGUUUCCUUAAAACUGUGACCACGGGGCAGGGAAAAAAAACAAACUUGUAAUCAAUUCAAACCAUGACCAGUGACCAUGUCCACACAUUCUCUCCCCAGAUCUGCCCCAGUCAAAUAUUUCACCCACGAGUUGUCCUUCAGAGGAAGACUACGUAGAUUUUUUAUACGAAACUCGUCUACACGUGAGUAAAAUUGAAUGCAGUUCUUAAUCAUUAGUAGGCCUACCUCUAUUUGAAUAAUUUCAUUUGAUCUUAUCUUGGCUUAGGUAGGUUCUCCCGCGUAAACCGUUUUUGUGUGUGUUUGAGUUUGUGUAGCUCGUCCCAAGUUUAUGCUUUUAUAUAAAUUUUCUGUAGGUGGCAGAUCCGUGCGUGGGGGUUGGAUUGUGGCACCCGCCCAGGGUGCCAUCAUAAGAGGGUGUCAUAAUCGUCAAUUUUUAUGCAAAAACACCAGUUUUCAUAGCUCAAACUUUUUAUUCAGUGGGCGCCUAAAUUCAGGUUUUGUCCUGGGCGCAGAUUCUGCUUGCCCCGCCCUGGUAGCUCGAUGAGGUAGAAUGAGAAAAUGAAGUUAUAAAUAUCUAUCUCAAUGUUUGGACUACGAACAACGUUUUGCACUAUUUAAUUGACCAUAGCAGUCAAUUGGACGUAUUCACACCCCCACACCCCCCCCCCCCCCCCCCCCCCCCCCCCCAACCACCACCACCACUUUGACAUGUUUCGCUGCUCUUGGUCGGAAACACGCGAAAUUCUGAAUCUAGAGCUACUGAAAUAAACCCCAGCAUGCAUUAAAUAAUAGAUGAACACGAAUCCAUUGGCUUGGGUUGGUGGAGGGGGCAGUGCCUUUUAUCUUCUAUAAUUGAUAUUUGAGGUGUGACAUUUUCGACCAACUGCUGAUUUUUUACCUGAGGAUGAAGGUGGGGGCGGAAAAAUUAUUGUCCCACCCCUAACGGCAAUAACCCUAAUUUCGACAAUGCACAAAUCAUUUACAGAGACAGAUGUUCUGUUUAAACUUUUUAAUACGUCCUCAAGUGAUGCAAGUUAAAACUUGUAUUGUAAAAAUGCAUUUAUUUAGGAUAAUAUACGGGGACAGUAAAUUUAUAGAGCUAUAACUAGGGGGGCACGUUAUAAGUGGCGUCGGGCUAUUUCGGCCUUUUUUUUUUUUAAACCUCCCCUCCCUUAUCGCACAUCGUCACAAAUUGUGCCCCCCUCACCUUUCUAUGCGUGACGUCAUUUAAGGAUGGCCACCAUGGCUGAGAGCACUUCAUCUAAUUUUAUCCUCAAACUCCUCGGAUGUAAUGCAGUGGCCAUGUUGACAUUCGGGGGAAUUGAAUGAGCCAUUUCUUUUUACUCUCUGUGCAUCCGCAUCCAUUUCUUUCCUCGGCAAACAUUGCAUUGUCGUGCUGAAACAAACAUGCCAUUGUCGUGUCAAUGAAGCGAUUCUUUGAUCACAGUUCAGAUCCUAUUGCCACGGUUGCCUCAACGACUAAAACUAUAAGUUAUAACUCAUCCUGCCUGGCAGUUGUCUUGGUAGCCAUGGGCUAUUUAUUUAUUGGUUCAGGAUUAUACGUAAAAAUAUUUUGAAAAAAGGGGUUUGGGGGGGGGGUCAUUGGUAGCCAUAUCACAUAAAAACGGGUGGGUGGGGGUGAUUGGUAGCCAUACCACAAGAAAGGGGGGGGGGGGGGGUCAUUGGUAGACAUACACACAUGGGCGCCCGCAGGUAGGAGCAAGGGGGGCACUUGCCCCCCCCCCCCGAUUGAUUGGAUAAAAAAUUUUUAGACAAAAAUAGACACAAAAUUUAUUAAAGUAAAGAGAAAAUAAAGAGAAAGUAACUAAGCUGAUGUCCUGUCCGUUCGUUCACCAUACAAAUAGGCUACAGUAAAUUAAAACUAUAUUAAAACAUUACUAACAAUUUUUGCCCCUCCCUAGAAAGUUAAUCGAUUUUUUGCCCCCCCCCCCCUAGAAAGUUUUCUGCGGGCGCCUAUGCAUACACAUACAAAAAGGGUGGGUGGGGGGUCAUUGGUAGCCAGACCACACAAAAAAGGGUGCAACUGUUAACCUCAUGUAACUAAAAACGUUUGAUGAAAAGAUAAUACUCAUUACAAUUUGUAUUUGUUUUAAAUUGUUGUUUUUUCCUUUAUAUUUAUUUUAUAGUCUAACACUCUUUAGAUUUUUGUUUUUUAAAUUGUGGAAUAAUAUGAACGAUUAGAAUCCACGAAAUAAUUAAAAUUGGUUGUAUAGAGAUUAUUGGUUAUCCAAAAAAUCUUAUAGGCCUAAUAAACUUAUAAGGCAUAAAUUAAUAAGAGUCUAAAAAUAUUGUAGGGAAAACUUAUUUGUAUCUAUUGUGUGUUUCUCUCUCUCUCUCUCUCUCUCUCUCUCUCUCUCUCUCUCUCUCUCUCUCUCUCUCUCUCUCUCUCUCUCUCUCUCUCUCUCUUUCUCUCUCUCUCUCUCUGUGUGUGUGUGUGGUGGGAUUUGUUUCGUUGAAAAAGUUGUAUACCUUUUGGCAACUCUGGAUUGAAAUAUUAUUGCUUUGAAAAAUAUUGAGUCACGUGAACUAAAUCGGUUCUCGUAUGGAACAUCAAAGUAAAGGAGCUGCUAAUCAUUCAUUAUUGAUUUUGAUAUGUGUAAGAUUUACCCAAUAAAUUUGCUGUAUAUCUUUCAGGCCUAGCAUGUACGUUUUUCGACCUGGCCCUAAAGACAAUCAUAUGUUCAAUGUAUGUGGCCCGAGUCUCACUUGAUGAAAUCAAAGAAUAUGAAUGGUAAGCUCUGACUCUACAACAGGCCUGCUACAUAAACUAACAUGAACAGUCAAUUUUAUUUUGAUGUCCAGGUCCAGUGGUGUGUUUUUGUCUUCACAUAAACCAAUGGGAAUGUUAGAAUUUUUCCUCUAGGAAAAAAUAAUUAAUAUGCUCACAGGAGCCAUCCAUAAAUGAUUUCACACUGUUUUGGCCAAUUUGGACCUCCCCCCCCCCUCCUAUUUUUCAAAAUCAUCACAAAUUUAUCACACAAUUUAGACACUCUCAUAAUUGCCAUAAUGCAUCUUAAAAAAUGUGCGACCAAAACACAGUGUUGAAAACAUGGAGAGGCUGCUAGUUCAGAUACAAUGUUACAUUUCUCAUUAUAUAAAAAACUUAAAAUAUUUCAAAAUACCAUAUUUUUAAAGCAGGAACAGAUUAAUUGAAUUUUCGGUACAUAAAAAUGAUAGACAUUAGAUUUGAGAAAAUAUUGUACAAUUAAAAAAUUAUUAUUAAACUUUCGUAUGUCAUCUGAUUUCUAUUCUCUAGUUCUGGGUCACCCUGUUCGAGUGACAACUCCAAUAAAUCCAGAGAUGCUUUAUUUGCUACUGCAGGGGAGGUUAACUGGUAAACUUAAUAAGUUUUGAAUUGUUUGCUUGUUUUCUGAUAAUUAUAUAUUUUCAUAUCUGCAAAAGUAGCCUACAAAUCAUUUUAAAAUUCUAAAGCCUUAAACAGCAUUCUUUGCAUUGCUUUACUAAAAUUUUGGUAUAAAGACACAUUUUGUAUUCAUACAGGUAUGUUCUGCUGUGGGUUCACCGUAGCUGGACCAUAUGGGGUGUUGAAGUGGCACUUGCCUGGAUUUCUUUGGCUAAAGCUCUGCUUAUGGUCUACAUAGCAACAAGAGUAAGUUAUUUUUACCAGUGCAAAAUUUUAUAGACAUGACAUAAUUAAUUUAAAGUAGUUAUUUUCAUAAGUUUUUUUUUUCUGAACUGUUGCCAUAAUUUUCCAGUGGGCGACCAUUGCCUAUUUUCACCAAACCUAAAAAUGUCUAGGGCCGGCCCUGUUUUUUUUUUAAGCCAUGCAAUGGGCCUUUCUUUUUUCCAUUUACCAAUAUCAUCUUUAAAAGUUUUCUCUUAAUUUUUUUAUAUAGGGGCAUCGUAUGGACCAAAUUUUGACCUUCACUUUUGUCCUUGAGGUCUGCUGUUCAGCACCCAUGUUGAUAACAGUAAGUUUUCUCAGCACUGUGUAAAACUGUGCUAUUUUAUAAAUGUUAUAUUAGUUUUUUUUUUCAGUUUCUGGCUGAAAUAAAUUUAUGUGUGAUUAUAACAAAGUUAAUUGUCAGGCAUUGAAUGGUAUCAUAAACAUUUCAUUGAUUUCCAUUCCAGUUAACUUAUCCACCUGUAAUGAAGGAUCUGUUUGUUCCUGUCUUUCUUAACUGUUGGCUGGCAAAGAGAUCACUAGAGAAAAUUUAUGUAAGUGCUGGCUGUAUUGAUUCUAUUUUAUAGUAUUUUUUAUAGCACCACCCCAACACCUCAAAUUAAAAAAAAUAAAUAAAUAAAAUCUAGUAACAUACUGCAUUUCUUACGAUUGAAGUGCUGCUUUUUAAUUCAUUCAAAUUGCGUGAAGUUGUAUGGCUGUUGAUAAAUUAUCAAAGUCUUGCUGAUGUAUGUGGCUUACAGUGGUGUGCUGCCAAUCAAGUAAUAACAGGCUCAGGAUUUGUCUGAUUUUUUUUGGAAUUUUUUUUUUUUUUUUUGCUUGUAUAAUAUUUUUUCAUUAUCAACAACUUGUUUUUUUGCUUUGUCCAAAUUUAAAACGUUUCAUCCCAGACAGAUUUAGCUGGAUUUGUCUGAUUUUUUUUGGAAUUUUUUUUUUUUUUUUUGCUUGUAUAAUAUUUUGUCAUUAUCAACAACUGGUUUGUUUGCAUUGUCCAAAUUUAAAACGGUUCAUCCCAGACAGAUUGAGCUGGCUGUAGCACCCGGCUAGUAGCACGUACAUUUUAUGGAGAAUUUAUAUAAUUAGCUAUUAGGUAGUCAAUUAAAUAUUAUAGUAGCUUAUUUAAGAAUUUUAGAUCUCAGAUAUAAACUAUUGAAAAUAUUACCAUACUUAGACAAAAGUAUCUAUUCUUCCAUUUUUUUCAAGAAAAUUCGACAUAACUUAUUAUUUCACUGUUUUAUACCAGUUAAGGGGAGUGCAUCUUUUAUUCUGGGUGAUAAUUAUGUAAUUUAAACAGAUGGUAUGACAGGUUGUGUUUUAACUGAGCAAAGUUCCAUUAGCACUUGCUGCUUUUGUUCAGUGCCAUACAUAACUAAGGGUUGUGCCGCCCAGGACUGGCCAGGCUUUUUGCACCCAGCCCCUUUUUCUUAAAAAAAAAAGUCUGGCUGAAAAAUGCCAUGCCUCUGUGUAAAGCUAAAGAUGCUGGCCAGGGUAGACAACCCCUCCGCACCACACUGCCUAUACCUCUGCUUAUAUCACCCAAUUAUAUUACGUGACUUAGGUAUUCCUGGGGUUGAGCAGAACAAAAACAACAAUCUUACUUUCAGAAUGACCUUCACCUCACAAGGCAAAGAUUUCAGACCAUCUCAGUAACACUAUUGCAACAAAUGGUCAUUCUUGUGGUCAAUGUCAUGUGUCUUGUAUUUAUCAAGUAAGUCCAUCUGGUCCUCAGAGUAGUUGUUCAAGAGUUUAAAACAUUUUUAAAAUGAUCAACUCUCUUAAAGUAAAAAUAUUAAUAAAUUCUUUCUAUCACUAGCAAUAACCCCAUACUCUUUAAAAAAAUGGUUAAUGGCUUAUCUUCCAUUAAACCAAUGACAAAGUGCCCCAUACUCCCUGAAACCAAUGACAAAGUGCCCCAUACUCCUUGAAACCAAUGACAAAGUGCCCCAUACUCCCUGAAACCAAUGAAAAUGUGCCCCAUACUCCCCGAAACCAUUGAUAAUGUGCCCCAUACUCCUUGAAACCAAUGACAGUGUGCCCCAUACUCCAUGAAACCAAUGAAAAUGUGCCCCAUACUCCCUGAAACCAAUGACAAUGUGCCCCAUACUCUUUGAAACCAGUGACAAUGUGCCCCAUACUCCCUGAAACCAAUGACAAUGUGCCCCAUGCUCCCUGAAACCAAUGACAAUUUGCCCCAUACUCCUUGAAACCAAUGACAAUGUGCCCCAUGCUCCCUGAAACCAAUGACAAUUUGCCCCACACUCCUUGAAACCAAUGACAAUGUGCCUCAUACUCCCUGAAACCAGUGACAAUGUGCCCCAUACUCCCUAAAACCGAUAAAUAUUACCCAAUACUCUCUCACUGUGCUCUUGUCCAAAAUUCUAGAAUCAAUUUAAAGACAUUUAUGGAGCUUAAUUUCACAUAAUUAUUGAUGUCAACAAAACAUAAAUUUAUAAUGCACUGAACUAUAUACCCUAUAGAGCUUAAAUAACCACUUAAUUUUGUUCUCUCCAGGUGUACUUAACCAAUAGAAUUUUGAUUAAAUUUCUUGUUUUACCUCAUGUCUUACAGUUUGGAUCAUCUUUUUAAUUUUCUAUUGAUCAUUGACUGACAUAAAUUUCCAUGUGGAUAUAAAUUGUUUGAUUUCCAUGCGGUCUUAAAAUUUAAUGUCACAAUGUUUUAAUUAAAGUUAGUACUUUAAAUUUAAAAAAAAACAUCAAGUUUAUCCUAUAAGCAUUCAUCUCUAGAUUAGAACUUCAUAAAGUAAUGUUCUGUUAUUAAUGUAGUUAUUUUUAUUUCAUUCCAAAUACAGUAUUUGUUUUAUCCAGCACAUUCAGCGAGCGAGUAAAGAAACUCCACUGACCAUGUUUGAAUCUCUGUAUUUUGUCAUCGUGACAUUUUCAACUGUGGGCUAUGGCGAUAUCUCACCAGAUAUAUGGCUGGGGCGACUCUUCACAAUUAUAAUGAUCUGUGUGGCGUUUGCCUCAAUUCCUCGACAUGUGAGUGCUUCACUGUUCUUUAAGGGUUAAUUUGAUCUGUGGCAGGUGUUAAAUGAUUUUCUUUUGAAAAUCCUCUUUAUAUUGAAUGUAUUAAAAUAAUUUUAUUUGCACAUUUAUCACUUGUUUUCUUUUGCUAGAUGUUUUUAAGUAAAUGAUGAAUUUUAGAGAUGCCACCCCCUCCUCUCAAACUCUUCCUUCCAAAAUCAUAAGUGAAAUAAGCGCAGUGUAUUCCAAUAAAUUACAAAAACAUUAAUUAUAGAAUGAUUGCAUUUAGCAUGUAUUACUUUCUUCUUUUUUAGAUUGAGGGGCUUGUUUCAACUUACAUGGAACGACAGAAGGCAGGAGGUGAAUACAGCCAACGGGCAGCCCAGCGUAACAAGCAUGUCAUUGUCUGCAGCAGUGCCCUGAUUCAGGACACAUUGAUGGAUUUUCUCAAUGAAUUUUAUGCACAUCCUAAACUAGAGGUGAUAAAAAUAUGACAACUUUCUCAUUUGGAAAAAGCUUUCAUUUGAACAAUGUAGAAACUGUCAUUAAAUAUUAAAUAUUUAAAUUAUUGAUAUUAAAUUUAGAAGAAAUUGAUUCAACAUAAAAAAUAUUUACUUAAAAUGGUCAACACCCAAAAUGAAAUGUAUAAAUUAUUAGUUUAAGAUUUAGCGCGUGCUUGAAGUGUGUUUAUACUUGUAAAGAUCACCACCUCCGUCCGUUUUUCUUUGUUAUUUGUGAAAACCAGGCAAUAGAGAAUUGAUUAAAUGUGUCAACUUAACUAUUCAUAUCAGCUAACUAUUGUUACUCUGGAUCAACUGAUGUAAUGGUCUUAUUUAAUUGUUUUUGUUUAACUUUUACUUUAUUAAAUCAACUUUAUUGUCCCAUCAGUCAACAAAAAAAGCCCUUAUGUUAUUUCUAUCAAGGAACACACAGUUAUCCUCCUUUGUCCUCAAGAGCUUGACAGCAACAAGCAGGUCAUUCUCAAGGACCCAAAAUGGGCGCACAGGGUCAUCUACAUGCGAGGUUCAUCUCUAAAGGACAUUGACCUAAAGCGUUGCCGUGUUCACCAGGCAGACGCUUGUUUCUUCCUGGCACCACGGCCAGCCCAAGACAAGACUAAGGCUGUAAGUAUUUGGUUAACGCAUAAGUAAUGUAUUUUGCUUGAUAUUUUAUUUAUUUAUUGAUCCACGUUUCAGCUUGACUUCCCACAGGGGGUCAAGGGUCGGCAAAAAACUAAGCAAUGAGAUAUGUUCUUAUAUGCUUUUAAAUUUCUUUGUUUUGAAGUUAAUCUCUGUCAAAAAUAAUCAUUAUGUAUUGGUGUUGUUAUAGUAUAGCCUGGUAUGUCUUGGCCUUUUUUUUCACUUCAACGUGGAGCUAUUUUUAGCCAAUACCACUUAUCUCCCCAUCAUGUAUGUUGAUGCUGGAAUCACCAAGUAGAUGUGCUCUGUCAUUCUUUACCCACCCCGCCCUUGAUUGGCAAAAGAUUAUGUUCAAAUGCGUUUAAUUUGUUGUAAAGAAUGUUAGAAGUUGACACAAUUUCUAGAAUUUCUUCAAUCUGAUUUAAUCCCUCUAUAAAGGACUGCAGGUUUCUUAGCAGAGAGAUUUUUGGUAUAUUUCCUAACAUAUAUGAGACAUUAUAUAAUUGUGUGUGAGUAAAUUAAUAUUUGUAUUUUUUGAGGAGUGUACCUUUUCACUUGCUAUGCUGUAUUUAAGUUUUUGUUUCUGUAUUCAAAUUUUAAUUUGUAUAGAAAUUUAAUAGUAUAAUUAAAUUGAAUAUUGUAAGAAUCAUCACUGGCUUUGGUAUGGUUUUCUUUGCAUACUGUUUGUCUCAGUCCUUUGUUUAGUAUUUUUUAUUCUGUGAGCCAAAUCUAAAAUCAGAUUAAAUUUUUGAAACCAUAAUUGUAGGUAACUGUGUCUUUGUGAUAUUCCUUUUAAUAGAUUUUUAAAAUUUAUUGACAAUUCAUAUAACUAUGUUUAAUAUGUUUACACAUUAUGUUGCUCACUAAGAUUAUGGCAACAUACACAUCAAACCUGUUGUAAGAAACCUGCAUUCGUUUACAAUAUUUAAUUGACUUUUUGUUUUAUUUUUUUUGACUUCAUCAUUAAGUAUUUGACAAAAAGUUAUUGAAUUAUCCUAAAAGGAUCGCCAUACCAUACUGAGGUCCUGGGCUGUGAAAGAUUUUGCUCCCAACUGUAAACAAUACAUCCAGCUCUUUAAGGCAACCAACAAAAUUCAUGUAAAGUUUGCUGGUAGGUUUUCCUAUUCAUUAAAUUUAUAUUUUUCAUCCUCUCUGUUAUGUAUAUUAUUUAUAAUGUGGUAUAUAAUAUUGUAGUAUAUAUAUAAUAUUGUAUUGUAAUUUAUACAUACCGUAUAUACUCGCAUAUAAGCCUACUCCCUAAAACUGCUUUAAAAUGGCCAGUUUUUGCAAAUACCCACAUAUAAGCGACCAUACAAUUGUCUCAUUUUACUCCAUAUUUUUGGUUCAUAGAAAUUUGUUAUUGUAAAGAUGUAAAAUGCUUUUAUGUUACACACCAGUUUGUUUACCUUUUGGAAUGACACAAAAACGUGUUCUGCUCUUUCCACAUUGUUUGCUAUAAUAAUGUCUAAAUUUCCGCUCAUAAAUUUUUCACAACAAAUGAUUAACGAAGUAUAUAUUUAGAAAAAAUUAUACAUUUUGAUAUGAAUAAAGAUGAAAAUUCUUUUGUUGUUUUAUUUAUUCACAAAAAACGAUCACAUUUCUGUUUAUAAUUCACUGCUAGCUCUAGCUUGGUUGCAGCACACCACUGGUGCACACACAGCCAUGCGGUCGUGUCACUCUCACUUUAUUCUAUGCAUUUGCGUAUAGAGUAUUAGUUAGGAAACCAUGGACAUAGGAAACAUUUUCUUUUUUUAAGUAUUUUUUCUUAAUUUUAUGCCAUUUUUUUACUUCGAACAUGAAUUCUCCAGGCUAAUAUUCAUACUCAGUGUAAUUAUCAGCUAUGCAUACAUUAAAUUCUUUGAAGUGACACCUCUGUAUAUAUAUGUAGAUCUAUAUUAGUACUCUAAACACACAACCAAAUAAAGAGUCAGAUAGAGAUGAAAAUGUGUGGCUGGAAAAUUCGCCUUAGUGUCUGUCCUUGUGUCCAUUUUGUUUUAUGUGCAUAUAAUCCGACCCCCUGAUUUCAGUAUUGUAUUUUAUAGUUCUAAAUGCGGCUUAUAUGCGAGCAUAUGCGGUAAUUAAAAGUAUAAUAGUGAUAGAUUGCCGCACAACCCCCCCCCCCCCCCCAAAACAGCAGCAACCUUUGAGUCUGUCAUUAAUUUUUGAAAUCACCAUUUCAUUUCAUGGGUGUAAUCUUUUCAAAAUAACCAAACUUCUCAUUUAUUUUGUUUAUUGCCCUCUGGUACAGAACAUGUUGUUUGUGAAGAUGAAUUCAAGUAUGCUUUAUUGGCUAACAACUGCUUGUACCCUGGUUUGUCCACCCUUGUUUCCUUGCUGGUGCAUACAUCUACUGGACAGUAAGUAGAAAUAAUACUUUAGUAUGUCAUUUUAUUUUAUGAACACUUAGAUAUAUAUCAGCAUUGAAAUAAUAUUACACAUUUUUUUUCUCAAAUAGGACAAGGUUUGCUUAAUUUAUUUUGUAAUUUAGCUUUUAAUUUCUAAAUAUUUUGUAACUGUAAAAUGUUUUUAAAAUUAAAUUUAAUAAUUUUCAAAUUCCAAUGUCAAAUUAAUUUUCUUUUAAUAUUUGCAACUUCCUGGUAGAAAAAAACCAUUUAGAAACUUGCAUUUGCCAUUCUUUUUCCAUAUUAACGCCAAGAAAUAUGAUACAUUUUUAUCUACCCCACACCGCAAAAAAUAAAUAAAUAAUAAAACAUAAAUAAAUUAAUUAAAUUAAUUAAUUAAUCAAAUCCAACAGUUCUUCUUCUUCUAUAUCUUAAGGGCCCACAAUUUAUUGAUCAUUUUGGCUCCUAUGCAUGUAGAUGGGAUUUGCAAUGUUUCUGUUCCUGGUGUUGAUGAGGAAAUUUCACUGAUUUCCAGUGCCACUUUGUGAGGGAAUCAUGCACUGGGCGUUUGAAUGCUUGAGGCAAUAGACACAAAUGUGUCUAGUGUUGUCGCCUCAACCGUUCCUUUUUGAAAGGUUGUACUGGCUUCUUGCUGGUAUGAGCCUGAAUUGCCUGUCAUGGCCUCCUCGCUGUCUAUGGGGGAGAGGGACGAGUUUCUGUUUAAUACUGGAACACUGGACCAGCCCAUUAUUUAUCUUGUACAUCAUGGUGAGCCUGGAAAGUCUUCGUCAUUCCUCCAAUAGUGACCAGCCUAGUGUUUCCAGCAUGCUGCCAACACUAGAGGUAUUCCUGUAGCGGUUUAGGACAAAGCGUGCUGCUCGUCGCUGGACCGCCUCCAACCUGUCAACGCUCUUCUGGGUAAAAGGUCCCAGACUGAAGAUGCAUAAUCUAAAACCGAACAGACAAAGGCUUUAUAUGCUAUUUCUUUCACACAGUAGUUGACAAUCUUUAGAUUUCGCCUUAAGAACCCCAGGGUCUUGUUUGCUUGGUUACAUACAUUGUUAAUAUGCUCGCCCCAGCGGACCUCUCUUUGUUACCAACGGCAGUCAAAUUCUACCAUAAUGAUGUGUAACAAUAUAGUAAAAUAAGCUGGUUUGAGGAGUAAAAACAAUUUUUUAAAUACUAUUGUGGGUGAGAUGUUUGAUAUUUGUUAUAAAUUUAAUAGGCUACUAGUCAUAUUCUGGCUGGCUUACAAAUUUAUUAUUUAUUUAUAUAAAUGAUUUAUGCUUUACCAAAAAAUAAAGGCUAAAUGGUACUUGGUGACCAUGUGUAGAUGUGGUUUUAGCUGAAUUUGGACUGGGGGUCUAGAGUUCAGUCUGGAGCAGUAGAAAUAUUUGGAUCAUUUGUCUUAAUCACUGACAAAAACAUUAUGUGGCAUAUUUUCUGUAGCAUACCCUGGUUUUGAUAUUAUUUGUAUUGCGGUUUGCAAAAUGCUGAAAAUACGUAUUCUUUUAUAAAUUAGGGGUUUAAUAAUGUUUGUAACUUUCAAUAAUGGAUCUUAUAACAUCUAAACUCUCACAUUAUCUAAGAUAUAAUGUGUUUGAUAGAAGAAUUAAAAAAAAUAACUAAAAUAAAAUUGUUAUGACACGUUACAGGAACCUAUGAAAUUAUAUUAACUUUACUUUGUUUAAACUAUUUUUAGCCAAAGUUGACAUUUUAUUUUUUAUGUGUAUCCUAAAUUAUAUUAGAUUUUUUUAAAAAAAGGAAAAUAGUUAUGCUUUUAAAAUGGUUUCUAUUCAUACAAUUUAAUUAAAUUGACAUCAAUCUUUUUAUUGCUUGAUACUGAAAAUAAAAAAGUUAAUUAACUAAUUAUAUAAGAAUUAGCAAAACAAUUACGCCGAAAGCAAAUUUAAUAUUUCAAAAUAAAAUGUAAAAUAUAAAAAAAAGGAUUAAAAUUAUGAAAUUCAAAUUAUUAAGAUUCAUAAUUAUAGUAUAACAAUUUUAGGACAUUUUAAAAAUUAAUUUUAUCGUUUUUUUUAUCUAUGUUAAAAAAAUAAUUAACAAAAAAUUGUAAAUCAAAAUAUUUGUUGCUUAAUGAUACAAAAUAGUUUCCCUGUUUUCUUGUCAGGAUAUUGCCUGUCAUUUCCAGCGUCUAUGGGUGGGUCAAGGUUGUUUAUUUUCUUUCAUUCCAACUAUAAUAUUAUCAAGUUCUAGCAGUAUCUCCAAAGCUUAAAUACUUCACUUGACAAAAGGAUGAAUCUUUCUCUCUACACUUUGAUCAAUGAUUCUCUUGUGUAUAUUGUAAUUUGCCUGACAAAACCCUUUCUUCUUGCAUGUGCCUGUUAGCACGUCAACUGAAUUGAAUUAAUAAUAAAUUCAAAACCCUGUCUUAGACACAGAGUCUGGGUGAUGUCUGGCCCAUGUUCAAAAGCUGGAGUGCCACACUUGAUAAUCAAUUAUGCAAAUGGUUAUUAAUUAUCAUAAUUUAAUUCAGUAAGCUAGUUACUUUAGGCUAGACUAGAGAUUUUCCAAGGGUUUGAGAAUAAAAUCACCAUUGACAACUUAGGGAGGAAUAAACCCUAACCCCCCCCCCCCCCCCCCCCCNCCCCCUCAUAAUAUCGAGGCCUCUGAUUUAUUUAACCUUACAAAGUUUAAUGGUCAAAUAUUUCUUCUAGUAAUAUUUUCAAACAGUCCCAUGCCCAUAAGUUAUCAUUCCUAUGUUGGAGCAAUGAAUAAAAGUACUGACCAAUCUUGCUGACUAUAUUCAUUUUUGCUCAAUCUAUUUUUCUUGCAGUAUUUAAAAAAAAAAAAAGUGAAUUUAAUAAACAGUCUGUUCUAAUGUCAGUUUAUCUAUAUUUUAUAUGUAACUCAAUUCAUGAAACAAACCUUUUAAGGUAGUUGUUCAAACUGUCCCUUCUAUUCCUACUUGCUUCCAUUGGCACCAAUGAUUCAUAAUUAUAGAAAGCAGCAGCAUGAACUUCAGCAGUUAAACAAAAUGCACGUUAAAAGCAUGGUUAGACUGAGAAUCUGUCCUAGCACAGAUAUUUUGAAUUGAUCUUUGUUUUGCCUUUUAAAAACUAUAAUUGAAUUAAAUUCUUUAUAAUAUAUUAAAAAUAUAAUAAAAUUAAACUAGUAACACAGUCGUAAUUUCAAUAUAAGAAAAAAGUAAUAAGUAUUUAGGAAAAUCAUCAGUUAUCGUGUUAUAGUUAUAUUUAGCUUGUCCGAUAUACUUAAUUAACGAAAAUUCUAUGAAUUUCACCAAAGCAACUUUCCUUUCCAUAAUUUUGUAAAGAGUUCUAUCGGCACUAAAAUGGAAUUCUCGGUAAGCUUGAAAUAGUUUGACAUUGGCAGGUUAGACUCAAAUAGUGGAUUGUAAUGCUUCAGGGUUUUUUCUACUAACUUAAGCAUGUUUACUAAUUUAGGAAUAGCUCUUAAAAUUUUAGAUUUUUAAAAACGUUUAGUGUUGAUAGUUGCUUUUUAAAAUUGGAUUUAAAAGAAUAGCUUUGAUGCUAGUAAUCUGUUGAUAAUUAGAGAUAUCAGUAGAAAGUUAUGUAAUAUGUCCAAUUCAAAUAUUUAUGUAUCAAUUUUUAAAAAAAAGUUUAUUUAAAAAAUCAGCAGAAAUGAUGGAAAAAACAAACAUUAUCUGAUAAGCCAUAGGCAAAGAACACACAAAAAUUUAAAAAAAUAAUUGUAUGUGUUUUGAAGUAGAAACAUAAUAAAUAUAUAUAUUUUAUAACUACUGUUGGAUGCAUAAAAAAUAAUUCCAUGUUAAUUUGCAUGAAAUGUAUUUCAUUAAAUUGUGGUCACACUUAUAAUGUUUAGUGCAUUAAACAAAUAGAAAAUAAAUACUCUCCUUAUUAAUUGCAAUACUAAGUGAAUUUCAUGUGAUUUGUUUGAUGUUAAUAAAAACAGUUGCCAUGUAAAAUUGUAAUGAAAUAUAUAUCUAAUAAUCUGAUUUGAUCCCCAUUAAUGGGGAGUGAUUAGUGAGUGCAGGCACAUCAAACUAGAUUAAAAAAAUUUAUUGGACAAUCAUAUGUUCACACAGGCAAAUAAUUGGACCUGACAUUCCCAAAACAGAGAGAACUAAUUUAUUAUCACUGCUUGCUUUUGAUUUUUUGGGAAAACUUAAAAUGCUUGGUUUGGGUAUUACACGAGUUAUAAUAAAAUAUUUAUCAAGUACUUUUAUUGUCAUCAAAUGCAAAAAUACUGAGUGUGCAUUUCUCAGUAAACAUCAUACUAUUUGAAUGCUAUUUUCAAGGUAACACUCCAUAUGAAUUCUAUUUUAAUUUCAGGGUUGUAUUUGUUGUAUCAAUAUAAAAAUAAAAUAAAACAAAAUAUACUAAAUAAUUAGUCAACACAAUUUUGUUCUCUGCUUACUAUGAAUUUGUUCUCCACUUACUAUGACUUUUUUCAGCAAGGAAAUGAGACAAGUUCCAGAAUGAGAUGUCAUAUAUUUUAUUAAUUUUCUACCAUAAAUAAAUUUAAAAUAUACUUGUCUGACAAUCAAACUUAUGUUUUUUUCAUUAAAAAAGGGACCUUCAUUUUUUAAAACCAUUGCAGUCAGCAGAUCUCAACUGUUUAAAAUAUUAUAACAUAAAGAAUCACAUGUUAAAAUGUUUUUAUCUUUCAGAGAGAUUUCUUAAAGCUACUUCGCAAUAACAAAUGGGCUUAAAAUGUGUGUUAUAGAAAUCAAGGUGCAGCAAUUUGCCUAACAAUGUCUUGUUUGAUAUAAGGAGCACCAAAACAAAACAAAAAUCAAAUACCCUGUUAUUUAUCCCAAAAAUAGGGAAAUCAAAUCAAUAUUUUUUUUCAGAUUGGAAUUCUACUUCAUUUUAAGAAAUAUUUUAAUAUUAAACCAAAAUGUUUUCUCAUUUUUUCAGGCCAGAUCCACUGUAAGAAAUAUAAUCUCAAAUCAAUUGUAGGCCUACUGUAGAUCUUUAAAUCUUUGUGCUGACAAUUUUAAGUUUUUAUUUAUUUUAUUGUUGUUUUUUUCCCCUCACUGUUGUAAUAACCCCAUAAUGUAUUUACAGUAGUGUUACAUCUUAAACAAAAGAAAUUGUAGGCCAUGUGAACUCUUAUUAUUGAGGCUCUAGUUUAAAUAUAGAAAGUUAUCAAUAGAAGACAGUUUUUUUACUGUAAAAGAAGUGGUCAUAAUAAAAUGACAGGUUGAAAGGUAGAUAAGCCCAAUCAUGAUUAAAAUAUAGUGAAAAUGUAAUACUACUGGAUAUACAUUAUUUGAAAUAAAUGUUUAAACACUAACAGUAAAACCAAAAUAGCCCAUAAUUACAAAAAAUACUUGACUGGUGUUUUUCCAGAAAUAUAGUAAUUUAAAUGUAUUGCUAGUCUAACAAUUUAACACUCAUGCCCUUUUCUCAAAGCAAACAAUAGAAACUUUAUUGUAAUGGAAAAUAUUCUCCAAUUAAACAUGCAAGGAAUUUCUAACAUUCAAAGUGCAUUUCAAAUCUGUUCAAAAUGAACUUAGGUAUAGAUUUUUUGUUAUCACACCUGUCCACAUUAUUGAUUUUUUAUCAACAUAAUGCUAAUUUUUGGCUAUGCACAUUGUAUUGGACACCCUUGUAUAAAUCUUAAGUUUAUUAAUUAGAGAAGAUAUUCACUCAGUUUACUAAGGAAUUAUUGUGUGUAUAUGCAUUUCUUUUUUGUCAUCAUUUUUGCAUGUAAAUCACUGAAAGCUAGGUCCAUAAUUAUUUACACCAAGCUGAGCAUGUAAUUCAAAAUGCCUUAUAUUAAUUUUGAAAGAAUAGGAGAUUUUAUUUAACUUUUUAUAAAUGAUUUACCCAAAACUUAUUUUGCAUAAUUCAAAUUUCCCCCUUUUAGUUAUAAUGGAAAUGAGAGAUUUUUUAAAAUUUUGCUUUCAUUAUUGACUAUAACCAACACUAAAGCUGAGCUACACUAACUAUUAAGUAAACAUCUGACAUUUUAUUCAGUUCUGCAUGCGAAUGAAUGAAAUCAAGAAUUCUUCACCACCAAUUAUUCCUGCUUAAAAUUGUUAGUGUCUUUUAAACUUGAUACAUAUUUGUUUUAUAUCUCGUUUAUAUGUACAUAAAUUAUUAAUGCAUAAAAAUAAUAUGACAUACAGGACGAUAAACAGGCUCUACUAUUUUAUUACUGUCAUGACUUAUUCUUAUCCAAACUCCUGAUUAAUUGGAAUGUUUUAAAUUUCAGUUUCCCUAAUUAUUCACUACAUAUGAUAUGUAAACAUUUUUAAAUAUUGUGCAAGUAAUACAUGCUAUCACUGGCUUUAAUCCUUCCUUACAAUAAUAAAUAUUUAAUUUUUAGCUACUUCAUCAACAAAAUUUCAAUAAAAAAUAUACUUAAACCACUGUGAUUAAAAUAUGGCAUGUUUUUUGUUUGAUUUACUGUAUUACUUGCAAAUGCUAAUGGCCGAAUCAAAUAAAUCUGAGGUUAAUUUGUUUUUUUCAAUGCUAUACCAUUUCUAAACCUUCAAUUAUAUAAAACCAUAAAUAUUUGUUACGGUCAGUUAAUAUAUUUACUUAUUUUAAAUGAAUAUUCAUAGUUUUUAACUAACAUUUUCUAAUGAAUGAAACCUAACAGUUUAUUAAAUUCCAAUAUUUCCAUUAUCUUAAAUAUUACAUUUCAUUCACAUUUUUAUAUUUCAUUAUUAUGCCUAAAAAGUCAAUAAAUCAAUUGGUAAAUGUUGUGUUCUCAGGGAUGGCCUUUUGGCCCCAGAACCCUGGCAGCAAGUUUACGGCCGCCAUUCUGGAAAUGAGAUUUACCACAUUCAACUGCAGAAGAGUGUUUUCUUUAAUGAAUAUGUGGGGGAAACAUUCCCAAAGGCUUCAGCUGAUGCUCAUCACAGGUAAAUGGGGUGUUAACUAGCUAUGAGCAAUUUUUUUUUUAUCAGAGUUCUAUUUUUUUUAUAGAAUAUGAGAAAAUCAACCUGCAAAAGUUUAACUGGAGGAUAAUUCUGUUGUGUUCAAGUCUAACAUUCUAAAAAAAUAAAUAUUUGGGCUCGUGUGCAAAAAAUUAAUAUAAUUUUGACAAGAGUAAUUAUAAACAACAUUUGAAUGUAUGACUUCUACAGCGGAAAUCAUUUAUUGUCUUAUUGAAUUUGUAUAAAUAACUGAAUAUAACUGAAAAUUUUCAGGUUUGGUGUUGCUUUGCUGGCUGUGUUGGACAGUGAUGCUGCCUCACCCAGACUUCAACUUAACCCUGGUCCACAGUACAAACUUAAGGUUAGCAGCGGUGUGAUUUAUUUAUUUAUUAUUAUUAUAAUUAUUAUUUUCUUUCUUUGCAUCUAAAUAUGUUUCAGUGUUAAUCUCAUGCUAAUUACGAAUUAGCUCUGGAGUAAAAAUAAUUUUGAUUGAAAAGUUUAAUGAAAGUUCAUCAAAUAUAUUAAUGAGACAAUUUGUGUAAGUGUAUAUAGUAUAUAAACAAUAUAUGUUUAGCUACAGAAAAAAAAUUAUGUUAAUUUAAUUUAUACAUAUAUGAAUGAUUUUUGUUGUACUGAUGAAGGCAUUUGUGGAAACAUUUAAAUUUGUAUUUUGUGUAACCAUGAUUAAAACUUUAUAUAUUUUGUUUUAUUUACACAAAUUUUUGCGUCUCAUUAAUCUGCUUAAAAGCUUUAUGGCAGUCCAAACUUUUUUUUAUCAAAUAUCCAUUUAGUCUACUUUUUUAAGUCACACAUUUUGUAUGUAACCAGGAUGGGUGAAUAUUUAAUUUUAUUUAUGACAAAACACAGAAAAAAGAAAUUGGCUAAAAGCCUUCUUCAACAAAUUCACAUGACAAUAAUAUGUGAACUUACAAAGGAUAAUAUUUAAUGUAUAAUUUAAUAAUAAAGACAACACUAAUAUUAACUAAUAGGUAUGUGCUUUCACAAUGUUUUCCCUCUUAAAGAUUCAUGUCAAUUUAAGUGUUGUCCUUUGAAAUACUAUGUGGACAAUACAGUUAAAUUCUAAAAAUAUUAAAAUGUUGUUUGCUUUUCCCCAAUGUAAUUGAAUGGAUAAGCAUUGAGUUUUUUGGAAAUUUUUAGUAAUAUUUUUCAUUUUAGGCUCAAGAUUUUUGUUUCUAUAUGAGUGUGACAAGGGAAGAGUACUCUAAAAUUUCCCCAGAGGCCUUAAAAAGUGUUCCCAGAAGAAAAAAUGAAAAUUUUGGUAAGUUUAGGUUGAUUCUUCCUGUUUUGUGUGCAUGGUGGUAAACAAUGAAUCUAGUUUAUUGCCCCAUUCUUUUUUCAAGGACAACUGUUUACUUGGGGAAAUAUUUAAGGAUCAAAAUUAGCAAAUUAAUCAGUUGAGUUUACUAAUAUUGCUGUAUUAAAAUAACAGUUCAUUGACCAAAUUUGAGCAAAGCAAUGCCUCUUACAACUAAUGUUUACUAUGAUUUGAACCAUGCGGUGGACAGAGAUGACAAGCUAUGUAAAAACAAUUUUUUUUUAAAUUAAAGGUUAUUUGAAGGUGCACUGCAUUAAAAAUAAAAAAGACCAUAAAUUAUGAGAAAAUAAUUUCAAAGAAAACUCACAUAUUGAAUACAUAUAUUUUGUGACUAAAUUAAAACUGAAUAGGCCUGCUUAAUAUUCCUUUUUCCAAAAUGUUUUAAUGAUGUGUUCUCAAUUAACUGGGAUAAUUUUUAAAUAUUUUAAGGUUAAAUAAGUUGUGAUGGAGGUUUGGGUCUAAUAAAUCCUAUACGCUUUAAACUAUUGAAUUGAUGCUGCUCUAAAAGUUUGCUGUCAAUGGUUACUGACUCUGUAUAAAUUUUUUGAUCUUUUCUGUACAUUUUUUUCAAAGCUUAAACUUGUACAUUACAUCUUUAUAUAAUCAAACUUCAUUUUGAGACUUCUUAGUACUAUUUUACCUACAAAUAAAACUUAUUUAAUAUCCAUUGUUAAAAAAUAGAUAACGACUAGUUGUAAGCAGAAUUAAAAUAAGUAAUUUAAAAAAAUUGCAGUUAUGAAAUUUGAAUUCAGGACAGCUUUUGCUUUAAUAAUGGACCAAAAUAUCUUAACAUAUAAUACUUCCUGUCAUUUAACAUAUUUUGCCUUAAAUUUGUCUAUAAUUUUUAUAUAUUUUUAAAAUUUAGUUCUUCCUGAGAUUGUUCUUCCAUCUGUUUAAUAAUUUUAUUUACCAAUAGUAACUCCACAUAGAAAAUGUAACUUAAAAAAGAUAUUAAAUUAGCUCUUAACCUUUACAUUGAUUGUUUUUAAGCUUUUGAAAGCUGAAUACAAUAAACUUGAAAUAAAAUAUCUCUAACGCCUUGCAGUUUAAGGCAAAAUUGAUAGCAUUUUUCUCCAUAACUGGGAAUCAGUCAUUUUUUAAAAAAUCAAUGAAACAGUUUGUGAAUAAAGUGUCUUUUUAAAUAAGCCUAUUCAAACUUCUCUGAAAAAAACAUACAAAGAAUUCUCUGAGUUAUUGUUUAGGUUUAAACGAGACCUUAACUUUCGUGAUGUGCAUUUUUCUCUUUGUGCUAACUUAUAAUUUUGUGUGUCUCAGCAAGGGAUGCUGCCCUAAACUCCUUUGGUAUUGCUGGAUUUACCAAUAAAUGUGGUAUGGAUGCUUGUGGGGCUAUGAUGUUAUACUUUUUAACAACUCUCCCUGUAGUUUAUCAUCAUUAUAUCUACAUUUAGCUGGUACUUUUAGAAUUCUCUACAACAGAUAUCAAUAGAAAUGCAAUAAUGAAAUUAUUUUGGAAACAGAUAAGUACUUAAUCAAAUAAACUAAAGGAAAUGUUAGCACACAAAAAACAACUUGAACACAAAAAUGAGAAAAGGUUCAGCACAAUACAUAAAGCAAUAACUGUUAUUUUAUUGUAUGGUAAUAUUUACAAUUAUAUGAUUCACAAAUUAUUCUCAAAUUAUUAUUUAAUGUCUCCCACAGCACUGAUUAAUUAAUUUAUAGUUUUACACAUUUUAUUUAUUGCUUUCACCCAAAUGACAUUUCGCUUUUACCUUAGCCAGUAAAAGGGAUAACUUUGGGAGGUCACAUCAGUUAAAUUGGAAAGGGAGGGGGGCUUGAGAGGAUGACAUGACCUGGUGCUUAAUUUAUUCAUAAUCUUAAUAUGCUUCAUUUCUGAGAAAAUAUUGCUGGCCUUAGUUGAAAGUAUGCAUUAACUUACUUUAAGGUAUAAUUACAGGUUUCUUGACCAUUUGAUAUUUAUAUGCAAAUAUUUCUCACACUGUUACUUACUUUUUUUUGUUUCUUUUUUGGUCCUAAUUUUAUUCUAUAUUUAAAGGUUUUAUUAUACGCUGAAAUUUUGUUAGUUCAUUGCACUACAUGGACUCCAUACUGCAUUGUUGCUUUAGAAAUGCUUUUUUUUUUCUCUUCUAUGAUCGUUCCAAAAAUAAUUCUGCAAAAACCAACAGAAAACAAAGAAACAUACUAGAUCAUAUAUGUAGAAACACUGACCUAAAUUAUAUAUCCUUUUAUUAACUAAUACAAAUGUUUAUGGACGGUUUUCAGUGAUUUCCAUAGGCUUAUAACAUAGCUAAUUUUCAACAGAAACUUUUCAGCAUUACAUUAUAUUAAAGUUAAAUAAACCACUAAAAUCAUUUUUUUUUUUGACAUAACUUUUAAAUAAUAAAUUUUUAAAAAUUUGUUUAAUACAGAUUGUGACAUGUUUUGUGGUGCUAGAAUUACAGUUGAUGUGAUGCUAGGAAUUUCUACUUCACAAUUAUAAGCAACUUUUUUUAAUGCAGAACUUUUUAUUUUGUUUCACAACAUAAUUUUCUUACCUAAGUCUUUAUUAAAGAAAAAGUUUCAUGUCAAAAUACUAAACUAUUGUAGUUUGGUCUCCCAACAGCUCAAAUUGCCCUGGCCUUACAGAAAUAUCACAAUGAAAACGACCUCUCCAUGAACCCUGAAGAUGCUGAUGAGACUGUGUUUGACACCAUCACCAGCCUCAUGGGGGAAAAAAUUACCAGAAUGGCUCGUAACCAGACAGAACCAGCUUUCAAAUUAAGUGAACUGAAUGGUGGAAAGCUGAGGAAGACUUCGUCCAACAAGAAAGGAACAGUUAGCUUUAGUUCUGUCCCUUUGUUAUCUGUGGAGGAACCCAAGUCUCCUAAGGAGAAAGUCAUUGAUCCUGUGGUGGAUGAAGAAGAUGAAGGGAACAAAUCAGGGGAUGAGUUGAGUGUGGAUGAGGAACACAAGGGUGCACCAGACUUAGGUAGGGCACGCUAAAAGGUCUUAAACCAAGUUUGUUUGUGAGAUUUGUUAGUGUAAAAUAUUCCAGGAAAAAUCACUAUUAUUAGCUUGUUCGUUUUAUCAUUAAAAGAUUUGUAAAAAAAUCUUUGUGAAAUAAAAAUAAUAUAAUGCAUAGUUUCCCUGAUUAGUUUAAGAUAUAUUUUAUGGCAGAGUUACUAAGUAAGUUAUUUCAUUUUUUUGUCAAGCAUUUUACGUGGCUAGUGUUGUUACAUAGAUUUGAUACACAGAAAGACAUUAAAUAAAUAAGACUUCAGUUGAAUGUAUGAGUGUAAAAAAAUUUUUUAUUGAGGACAAUUGUUCAUUGGAAUAUAAUUUUAAAAAAAGUAUUUAAUUUUAUCUGCAUUGAUUUCUUCCAAUAAUUUACAGGAAAUGUUGAUCACAGGCAUGGUGCCGGCAGGGUCCUGCAGUUCUACACAGACAUGGGACAAGAAAAGUUAGUUUAUUUUUUAAUGAUCUGGUCUCUAUACCCCAGCAUGACUAUAUUUUUAGAAGAAAAUAUAUCGGUGUGAUUUAAAAACUAAAUAAUGACUAUGGCAAUCUGUUGGUUAUAUUUAAUUUUUACUUUAUGCAAGUGAAUAGUCAUAAUGGGAGAUUGUAAAUCAAUCACUUGGCCCACCUGUUUAUGCUGGUUAUGAGGCGGUUGAUGCCAUUUGCAAGACACAAGGAUCAUUUUGAUAACAGCAAGGCUAUUUAAGGAUGUUGAAAACCAUAUCCCCUGAACUAGCUAGCUCUCAUAUUUGUCUGUAAUGCUAUGGGACAAAAUAAAUCUUUGACUCCCUUUCACCAGGCUGACCACAGGACCACCACCUGUGACCAUCUUCUCUGGAUCCAGGCGUACAAACUGCCACAUUAUGUCAGAGCCCAGACAGUUGUGUUGUCUUGAGUGGGGGCCCGUAAGUUCAUCUUCUAUCAGUGGCAUAACAAAAUAUUAAAAAGAGCAAUCAGUAUUUGCCUGGCCGAGCAUUUUCUAACAAAUAAAAUAACUCCUAAUAAUUAUUAAAUGAAAAAAUGCAAUUGAACAAAAUGAAAGCUUUUUGUUUUUUAAGUUUAAAAAUUUUGUAAAAGUUGUUAAAAUUCCAGAUCUGAAGGACUCAUUUUUUACAAAUCUGUUUCCCUCCAGAGCUGUGCACACUGCAAAUAUAAAAAUGCUAAUGAUGAGAGGUGGCACCACCAGCUGAUUAUUUUGGCUGCCGAGCAUGCAACAAGUGGAAUAUUUAACUUCAUCGUCCCACUGAGGUCAUCAUUUAUUGGAAUCAAUGGUCUCAGUCCCAUUGUUUUACUAUUGGAAGAGAAGUAAGGAAACACCUUUGAUGUUCUGGAAUCUCCACUUGGAGACAUCAAUAGAUCACUGUGUUCAGGAACAGUUUUGAACAAAUAGCUUGACUGCCAAUAUUUGGGAACUGUGUGCAUACAAAGAAAUGUUUUUUUACUCAGAACUAUUAGACAACCUGCAUGUUUGGUUGAAGCUGAAAUUAAGAAAUUUCAAAACGUUCUAGAGCUAAUAAUUUGUAUUAUGAACAUAAAAGAAGGAAAUGUGCAAAGUUUAAACCAGGUUUAUUUUUUCAUGCCAGUUGGGGUGUUGCGUGGUGUGAAGUGGAAGUGAGGGCUGAGUGUUCAGGGUUAGACAGUUUUAUCAUCUAGUUUUGUAUAAUGAAAAAAAAAAAAAUGUUCAUAAACAAAAAAGACUUUACUGAAUUAAUUAUUUGUAAGUGAUACUUAAAAAGAGGACAUAACGUUGAACUGUUUUUUCAUUCUCAGGCCAGACUACCUGUUUCUGGAUACAAUAGCCCAGUUUCCUUUAGUCUACUACAUGAUUGGAAGAAUUCAAAAGUGAGUUGAACAAACUGUUUUCAUUUAUUGAAAUUCUGCUUAAAUGUUACUUAAGCAUUUAUUUUACAUUUAUUGAACCUAUUUUUCUAAUAAAAAUGUAUAAUUUUAUUUCAUUUUAAAAAUGAUUUGAACUAAAAUUGAGUAAGUGUUCCUUAUGUUCUCAUGCUAUCAUUUAGAGGAGACCUUCAUUGUGUCACUGUUGUUUUUAAUGUGUAAAUUAAAUUUCAUGUAGAAUCAUACAGUUUUGCACACACAAAAACUUAAUAUAUUUUUUUUUUUUACUUCAUUGUUCAGUGUUGAUGAUCUGUUGGUUGCUGGUAUAAAUAAAGCCAGCCAUCUAGUUGUUGUUAACCGGGAUUCUGAUUCUGACUAUGGAGGGGAGGAAAUUCUCGCUGACUCUGAAACCAUUGUUGCUGUACAAACUAUCUUUAGGUAAACACACUGAAUUUUACAUAAAAUGAUUUUUUUUUUAAACUUUGUAUUUAAUUUUUUAGAAUCUGUGGUUAAGCUUCCGUCAUCUGAUUUUAACACAUCUUGUAUUUUUGUCAGGCUGUUCCCCAAUACUUAUGUUGUGACUGAGCUAAGUCAAGCCUCUAACAUGAGGUUCAUGCAAUUCUCAGCACAAGAUGCUUACUCCCAGAAGGCUUCCAGACUUGAACAGGUGAGGGUCAGCGAUCUUGAGGCCAGAAAUAUAUCCAAUGCCUGUCAACAAAUUUUCUACACAGUCUGGUUCUGAUCAGACAAUUGUGGUUAAGUUGUUAAUCCUUCAAAAAGUGACUUCUUAGUAUGGUUAUUUUUUAAUAUAGCUACUUUUGAUUUUUUUUCAUAAAGACACAUCGUGAGUAGCUCUCAAAAGUAUUAACAUUUCCAAAAAAUCAUCAUGACAUUUUGUAUUUCAUUUUUUAUUUCCCGGUUGAUUGCGUGCUAUAAAAUAACAAUGCCAUAAACUUAAAAACAGUGUCAUAAUCUUACAUUGGAAUUUAAUUACAAACAAUGCCAUAAAUGUACAGUGACAUAAACUUACUUACAAACAAUGCCAUAAAUGUACAGUGACAUAAACUUACUUACAAACAAUGCCAUAAAUGUACAAUGCCAUAAACUUACAAACAUUUCAAUUUGCACAGAAACUAAAAGACACAAUGACAACAAAUCUCAACCACAUCUUCCGGCUUCCAUUUGCUGCCGGCCAGGUUUUCUCAGCCAGUAUGUUGGACACCCUCCUAUACCAGGUAAGAUGAAUUCCAUUUAAGAGUCUUUCAUAUUAUAUGAAAUGGUACUUUAAUGGUUACAAAUCAUCAAGCUCUAAGCUAUUUGGGGAAUGGAAAUGUGAAAUCUCAGCUCUGAUUGAUCUCAAUUGUAAAAAUAAACUAGUAGACAAAAUCUUUGCAAAUUUUUUGUUUGUUUUUGUUCCAGACUUUUGUCAAAGGUUACCUCAUAAGUUUUGUGAGGUUAUUGCUGGGUAUAGAUGCUGAAGAGGGCUCUGGACAUUUGUCUAGUGUAAGUAUGUCCGUAUGAUAGUUUUUAAGAUGUGAUGGUCAUUUAGUUUCACGCACACAAAAAAACCCCACUCAUAUUAGUUAACAUUGUUUUUAUUUAUUGCCCUAUUCAGCUGCAUCAGCAUGGGGUGCACAGUACACCACCCCAGUGAGCAAUCAUGUAUCAUGGGUUCCUUUGUGCAUUUCAUAGUCUGUGUAAAAAAUAAAUAACAUGAACCAAGUGGUACAGAAUUGUCAUUUAAAUGAGAGAGUGUGGUAAAAAUAAUUUGCCAGUCUUGUAUACAUGAGAUGACAGUGCACUGGACAAGCUGCACUGUAGCCUGGCCUGUGAGUAUCACCUGUCAUAGCUAUCUUUUCAUCAUGCUGUUGUUAUUCUUGUUAAAGUGGUGCCACAGGGUUGUCAUUUCCAUCAAACAAACCAUGAAAUUUGUCAUGAAAAUUACAAACAUUAGCUUACACCAUAUUCUAAUGUAAAUUAAAACCUUACCUCUACAAAAUAAAAUGAGUAAAACAGAGUAGGGUUAAACCUGAAAAAAUAAACGCAACAAAACAGCGAACAUGACGGCAGAAAGCCUUCGUCAGCGAACAAAACAACAGAAAAAACGGUAUAAAAAUAAAAAUAAGAAACAGCACUUAGCUGGUAAGUAGUAUCUGUGGGCAGCAAUAGAAGUGUGCUGUUUUUUAAUACCGUUAUUUUUAUUUUUUUCUGUUAUUUUGACGAAGGCUUUCUGCCGACACGUUCGCUGUUUUGUUGCGUUUAUUUUUUCAGGUUUAACCUUACUCUGUUUUACUCAUUUUAUUUUGUACUUACCUGAUUGCAGUCUCUUCCCUUAUUACCCCUUACCUCUACAUAUUUCAGAUCCGAGUGAAAAGAGCCACUAUUCACAAAUUCCCAGAGUAUGGUGACCUAUAUGAUGGCUUGUGCUCUGCCACUGGAGAGAUUCCAUUUGCUAUUUAUAGGACUGAGAAGAUUGCAUACACUGAGACAGAUGACAGACCCCAGACAUUUUUUGGAGAGAGAAUAUCUGAGUUUCCUCAUGUUCACCAUCGACCAAAAGUUAGUGCCAUCAAUUUUUUUUGAAACUCAAGAAAAAUUAGAUAUAAAAUUGUAUUUGAAAAUUAUUCACAUAUUCCAAUUAGUCACAUAUGAUGGCAAUGCAAAAAGGAAAUGCAGAAAUAAUAAUGAUGAAAUAAAGCCUAAUGUAAGCACAAAAACUCUCAAAUUGCUUUUUUAUAUUUUGUUAAUAAACUUCCACUAAAUAAAUGACCUUUCAGCUUAAGCAACCGUCCCCAUUUUAACUUUGUAACGAUAAUACUUUCUAUCCCUGAUAAAUAAAAUUGUUUAUUUCCAAUAUAUAUAAAUAUAUAUUUAUAACUAUAUUUCAGCACAAGGCCAAAAAGUUCAAGCACAAUCCAGAAGGCUUGAAACAGUCACAGUCAACCAUCAGUCGACAUCGCUUCUCCAUGAUAUGCAAACCUGAUCAGGGGGACCUAGGUGAUCUUAUCCGCAACAGACUUAAAUCAUUGGACCUCUCAGCCAGUGAUUAUAGUAAGUUGUUCACUUAAUAAAUCCAUGCACCUGUCCAACAUUUAUUACACAGAGCUGUUCACUGAUUGAAAUUUAUUGGGCCAGUCUGUCAAUGGUUAUCGCAGGGUUGCUCACCUAAAAUGGGCAUUUUGAAAACAAUUCUCAUAAAAAUAUCCAAUUAUAAAACAACCCCUAAAGCAAAUAUUUAUGUAUAAAUCCUUUAUAAAAUGUAAUUUUAAGCAAUGGGGGAUGGGGCUGAAAACACACUUAAUAAGAAUCCCAAUUAGUCGUUCCCCCCCCCCCCCCCCCAAGGCUUGCAACUGCAAUUUUUGUUCACCCCUCCUAAACUAUAAUAAUAUUCUAAUGACCCACCCACUUUUACACUGCAGAUUUAUUUCACCAACUAUUUCAGAAAAACAAAAGAAAAUAUUACGCACCUCAGCUACUUGCGAUAUUUUUUUUUUUGGUAAAGAAUCUUUUUAGUGCAGUUAUCAGGAAAAUUAUUUUGUGCAAUCAGUGUUCAUCAUAUUUCCUUCAUCUUCCCCUUGAAAAACAGAUUUUUGUGGGGUGGGGCUGAAAAUUUGAUAGAAUGUGUUGUCAUUGGCAGUGCGUCUAUGUGCCAUUUUUCAGUUCGAUAGGUUGAUGUGUAGUGGGUCAACUAGCCAUCCAAAAAUUUUGCCAGCUAGCCACAAGCAAGAGCAAAUUUAAAAUAAAGGAUUUAAAAAUAAAUCAUCAAUAUUUCAUCUAUUUCAGGUGACAUCAAAAGACGCCCAGACACCUUAUCUUAUGUUAUCACAAACCCAUCUCCCAAACGCAGACUAAGGAUAGGUGAUAUAAUGUAAGUGUAAUAUCAUGAAAUUUUCAAACAGGAAUUUUGAAAUUAUGUUACAAAAUCAGCCCAACACCACUGAAACACAAAAUGAGUAAGUGGUCCGUGAGUCAAUUAAUUAAUUAUUUCUGAAAUCUAAAGCAAUUUGUAAAAAAUUAAAUAUAAAUCUUCACAAAUCUUCUAUGUGUCCGCAGUUAUGUGAUUCAGCCAUCAUCUAUGUAUGCCAAGCCAUCCAAGCAGAAGUUUUACAUGCAUCGCUCUCACAGCUUCAGUGGAACAAACAGUGCAAACAGCCUGGUCCCACCACCUCAAACAAAUGGAAUGUUCACCAGAGAAGAGAAAGUCGGUCGCUUCAAGUUAAGUCGGAAUCUCUCAGAAAAGCAGCUGAGGCCCAGGAGUAUGACAAUAAUUGGGAAUGAAACUGCGACACAGUUAAGUCAAAUAUAAGUUGAAUCCAAGAGAGGAUAAGUGAGCUCAUCGUUCAACAAAACAGUAGGCAGUUGCCUGUGUUCUGCUGAAAAUCAAUGCAUAAGAAAUAUUAUUUUGCUUCAGAUAGUUUAUAAUUGAACUGAAUUUUAUGGAUGGUGAGCCAUAGCUCAAAUUUUUAUACACAUAUUAAAUGAUAUUUUAAAUAAGCAAUAAACUAAUUCCAUUUUCCUCAUGAGACAAAUAAGGUACAGCUAGCAUUUCUCAGUAAAAUACAUUGGAUGAUUGUAGAUAAAAGUGUAAUUUGAGUCAUAAGACAUUGGCUCCACGUAGUAUAAUAUAUAUAUCAAUAUUAUCUUACAUUAUAGUGCCUGAUGUGACCUACAAUAACACUGCUGUUUAAUACUUAAGUUCUAAAUGCUUGUGUUUUAAUAUAUUAAGUUUUUGUCCUGUUCACAAUGAGAUUUUUAAAUGAUCAUUUGGUACAUAGCUGCAGACAAUCUGAAACUGCCACAAUGCUCACCAGCAGGAAAUGUUUUGUAUCAAAUGUAUAUUAUCUUGUAUUUUUUUUGCCUGUUGGCCAUGCAGGAAGUUGCACUUUCAAUUCUUUCAUAGGGUACAUCCUCAAAUAGUUUUUUUACAAAUGUCUUCAUUAUUUUAACUUAAGAGUUUUACCCUAAGUCAUUCCGUGCCUGCAAUCAACUUCAUUUUUUACAUACUUGAAACUUGACAUUUCAUAAAACUGAACAUAAAUGUUUCAUUCCUUAUUCCAUUUUUUAAAAAUAUAAAAACACUUUGUGUUUGAGGUGCUUUAUUGUUGGCCUCUAUUGUACAUUUAAAACUGGCUUUGAUAAUAAAAGCUUUGGAACUUUUUAUACAGUCUAGUCGAUACUCAAAAGGUCCUGAUUUAAUUGCUUACAUAAUGGAGAUGACAUUGUCUUUUUUAUGAAACAGAUAUCAAGUCUUUGAAAUUGUGUAGUAAUAAGUUUAAUUAUUUUUUAUACCAAUGAAUAUUUUCAUAUUCUAGAGAAAUAAUUUUACUUUUUACAUAUCACAUUUCCAUUUUUUUAAAGAUCCUUAUAAUGUUUUUUUUUUGUUAGUAUGUGUGAUAAUGAUUUUUAAAAUAAUAGGUUUGUGUGUUUUUGUAGCAUCAGACAGGAAGAUGCUUGCAGUUAUUUUCUCUUCAGUGGACUGGUAAAUGUAUAAAGAAAAGUGCUUGACAUUUAGAGACAUUUUUGUACCAAUUUAUGUACACUGUUAUUGUUAUUUAGAUAAAAAAAAUUUUACAAUUGUGUGUUAUAAAUGUAAAAUCUGAAUUCAAAUGUAUCUCAACAAAAUGUCUAUAAUAUUUAUAUUGUAAUUAUUUUUAUGGAUCUGUCUUUCAGUGGAUGGUAAUUUUAAAGCCAUGAUUUACUCAAUUGUGGUCAUUCUUAGUAUUCUAUUUAAAGUACAGUUGUUCAUGUCCAAAGUCCUGUUGACAAUGUUUGAAUAAAUUAAAAGCAAAUUAAUGUUGAAAGUACAAAUUAACUCUACAUACAUUUUAAUUAACAGUAGUCCAUUUAUUACAAAAAUAAGGAAUGCUACUAAAUGAAUAAAACAACUAAAGUUAUUAUUUUUUUCAUCAGUUUUUAUACCAAAUUUUCAAAAUAUUUUGUAAAUUAAAAGAUAUUGAUAUUUCUUGUAGCCUUCACUUAAAAAAUCAUUUUUACUUUGUCAAUCUAGCAUUAACAUUCCUAUCUUGGUUGUUUUUAAAUGUUUAUUGUUGUUUAUGUAAAAAAAUUCCCUUUUGUGUAUACAAAUAUUUAAAAUGUACUUAAUUUCUGGCAUUGUUCUAUUACUCUUUAAUUUAUAUUUAGGGCCAUGCAAAUUACUGUACAAAAAAGUUAUGUGCAGAUCCAUAAACUUACCAAAUGUAGUAAUUCAAUUUAAAAAAAAAUAAAGUAAGAUAGUCCAACCUUGUGAAGUUCCAGUGUAUAUUUUGAUGUAUAUUACAAAGUGUCUUGACAUUUAGAUCUCCAUAAAUAGAAACAAAAUAAAAUUAAUGUUUAUUCUUCUCAAGUAAAUAUAAGAGUUUUGCUUGAUCCAUAAUUAGCCAUUAUUGGUGCUUUAAUUUUCUGACUUUAGUUUUUGUUUUUUUAAUUGCCAGACUUGCAAGCCACUUGCAUGUCAAAGUUAACAUAAGAACAUGCACAGCAGGAAGAAAACUUAAAUUCAUUGAUACUCUCUGGUAACCACAUAUUUUGAAGUGGAGACUAGCAUUGUACACCCUUAACAGCUAGCAGUGGGGACUAGCUUCAUACACCUUUUAUCUGACCAGCAAGCUGGGGGUGGAAAGCAUUGUUCCAAAAUCUUUCAUCUAUGAAACAAGAUUUGUGGCAGUAAUAUUUAUGGGAAUUGGUCAAUUGGAUUGGUUGACAAACAUGAUGUAUGUAUAUUAAAUGUUUGUUACCUGACAUAUCAGAUUAAAACCUGUUAAUCAUUGGUAGAUAUAUUUAUAUACAUAUAUUUUGUACAAUUGUUUGUGGCUUUCAAUUUAAAGUUUGUUGCUCUUAAAAAAAAAUUAGGUUCUUUAGUUAUGACAUAUUUCUUUGUGUGUUUGUGUGUGCUAUGUUUUGUGUUCAAGAAAGAUUGAGCAAAGUCCAUCCAUCUUCAUCGCUUGUAUAGCACACAACAAUCAUGACUAGCAUUGGUAAUAUUGUUUACUUUAUCAUUGAAUCAUUCCCAUUGUUUUUUAUCUAAGAAAUUAUUCUCCACUUCUUGCCUUACACCUUGACACAUACACUAAUGUGUGUUGUCUUAGGUGUCUUAUUUAAAAAAAAAUUUUUACUAGUCAGUCUUUCUGUAUUGUCCAGAAAAAUUGUUUCAGAAUGUAAAUCAAGUUUUAUAUCAAUAAAAUAUGUCUGUGGUAAGCAGAUUUAAUAAAAUUUAUUGUGUUUUUGUUGUGUGUG